GCAGAACCCGUGUUCCGAGCGUUCUUUUCUAGUACAGUAAUUUAUCCACCUUAAGACCUCGUACGUCGGGUUGAAGCUGCAGCCAGUAGGCCGACUUUCGACCAUGCUAGGGUAAGGCGUAGCUUGGCGUCUGGUUUGUGUGGUUCCGAACCGGCGUGUACUAAUGAGUUCCCUUCAGCCUCCCGCUUCGAAGAACGUCAUCUUCGUUACGUAUGAACACUGCGUUUAAUGGCUCCUCCUUUAUUAACUAGAGCUUGGGUUUUCUUAGCAGUAACGUUUUUGUGCUUCACAGCCGACCCCUGUGACUGCGACAGCGUAACGUUUUAUCGGUUUUCCGACCGGCUUAUUUUUGCGGGUACCGCUCGUUUGAAGAACGUGAUUCCCCCUCCACCGUCUACUAGCACAGCAUCACGUGUCAAUUCCCCGAUAGAAGGUCAGUCGCUAAAAGGACCCAGUACAGUGAAAUGGCAGCAGCAGUCCGGGAGUCAGAAUCAGUCGCCGGAGUCAACACAGUCAUCUCCGUCAGACAGUCAGACUUUGCAGCCCCCGAUAGAAUCACAACUGGAGGGCUCGCUACAGUCAGCAGCACCUACCUCCGCUCCUCAGCAAUCAGUGGAGCAGCAGCAGAGUCAGGUGACGACAGCAAAUCAAACGGAAACGCAGCAGGAGAUGCCGGUGUAUGGCGGGGAGGGGGUACUGGCGGAGGAGGUGGAGGAGAGGGAGGAGGUGCCUCUGGAGAACUGGCGGGUGCGAGAACAGCAGCGUCGAACGCGGGGGCUGUACGAGCACCUCCUGACCGUCGAUCUAGAGCAGCGAAUCCAGGCUCGCGAAGCCGCUCUGCGACGGUUCGCAGGGGGAGCUUCAGGCGUCGCCAGCACUGUUGCAGCCGACGGGAUUGGCGAUCAGGCGAACAUUUAUCUUCCUCGCGAUAACAACGCGUUAAAAAGGGCAAGCACGGCGGGGGUGGCGGCUGUACAGUACACGGAGGCGACGCCCUUAGGCGUGAUCGACAGCCAGCCCAAGUUGGGCUUUAAGGGCAUCACUGGGAAGCGGCAGCUGGUGGCAAGCGUGAAUAGCGCCUACAGCGGUACUCAGUUCGACCCAUGGAUUCCUGACUCCGCCGUCUGCGUUGGGAGAUUGUACAUCGUGCAGAUAGUCAACUAUGCCAUUGUGAUCUACAACAAGCGAGGGCGGAUAGUGCGCCAGCCCCAGCCGCUCAACGAGUUCUUUGGAGUGAUGCCGGCCAACUCCACCCGUCCGGGCGACUUUAUCAACAAGGCCACGUGCGUCUUUGACGCCACGUCAGGCCGGUUCUUCCUCGCCGCUGCUUGGCUGUCGGGUGGUUACCGCAACAAGUGGGACCGGUUUGGGCAGACGAGGCGGAACGCGGAUGGGAGCACAUCGGGGUACGGCAUUGUGGUGGCGGCCUCCUCCUUCCUCACGCCCAUGAUGGCGUGGAACGUCUACUUCAUCCCCUCCAGCAACGACGGGGUGAAGUCACACAACGACACGGGGCCCCCUCUCAGAUACCCCGGCCGGGUGUAUUGGGGGGCCACGCCUCGCAUCACGGUGGACCGUUUUGGCGUGUACCUGAGCACGCGGCAGUAUGCCAUGCAGGGGAAGCUGGGGAGAUUCGUGGGCAGCAAUAUCUAUGCCAUCCACAAGCCCAAGCUGUAUCUCCGCUCGUCCAAGCGCAUAGUGCGCUUCGCCAUCCCUAUGAUCAACUACAACAGCUUCCCCGUCUUCGGCCUCGAGCCCCAAUCCCCCCGCGUGACCAGCCAGUACGGCUUCCGCGGGCACGACACUGUCUUCUUUGGCUGCAUCGACAUCUCCUUCACCUUCCCUCUCCCCCACACCUCCCUCGCACUCUGGUCCCUCUCCGACACCUCCUCUCUCAUGCUCCCACACCCCACUAUUCGCCUCCGAUAUUCCGUCAUCACCACCCCGGCUUACUAUGAUUCUGACUAUGCGAAGCAGAAGGCGGGGCCGCCGCCGUAUGAUACUCCGCAGGACGUGGUGCCGCCCACGUCCACGUCUGUAGCGUGGUUCAAGGGGCACGUGUGGAUGGCGUUUCCCUCGGGCUACAGCCUGGACCCCACGUCCGUGCCGUCUGUAGCGCUGGUGAAGCUCCGGCCGUUCCUGCGGUUGAAGAAGAAAAAGACGUUCCCAACCCUGGUGAAGAAGUUUGGGAUCUAUGGGGUCCCGGGGCAGAGCCUGCUGAGCCCUGUGAUUGGCUUCAACAGCAAGGGCCGGGGCAUUCUUGCUGCAACGCUGAUUGGGUCUGAGUACUUCCCCACAGCCGCUUAUCUUCGCAUCAACCAGAAGGGAGUUCCGGAUAAAAGUAUUUUUGCCGUUGGGCCUGGCCAAGCCCCGCUUGAGGUUUUGUCUGGGACGUAUGCGGCCUUCGGGGAGACUCAAUCGAUAAGUGUAGAUACUGGGGGGAAUGCGUGGGCUACAUUGCAGUAUGUUUCUGGUAAGGAGCGCACUAACGAGGCUAACUGGGCCACUUUCAUGUUCAAGGUGGUUGAUAAAAAGUAGGCAAAUGUCGUCCAUGUGUCCAAUCCAAUGCUUUAUAGUUAUAUGCAACGGCUACUCAGGUAUCUAUCGAGGUUUUGUUGGAGUUGGGACCUAAUCAACUGCAUCAUUUCCA